CUAUUGCUUCACAAACCUGACAACGGCAGUCCUCCAACAUGGCCGCUCCCGCUGUCAUUCAACAGGCCUUUGGUCCAGACCCAGCAUUGCUAAAGCGAGUCUUUGAUGCAAUCAACUCGACACCUCAGUAUACUCCCUUGUUCCAGGACAUUGCCCAAUAUCACCUCUCAACCAAAUCCCUUACUUCACAAGAUGCGGAACCCGCCACCAAAAAACGGAAACUCAAUGGCAUCAGCUCAAGUACAACGACUGACAUCACCAGAGAACCCAUUCUCCAAGCCAAAGAUAUCUCCUUUACACUACCUCAGCGCAAGAAGUUCCACCUCGGAAUCUCACAACAUGGUUCUGAUUUCCAUUCUCCCACCACUACUUUCUCUAUUUCCGCAACAAACCCUACGACUAACGAGCUCGAGUUCGAAAUUCCUUUCUCUGACUUUGCGCAUGCGCUCCGCCUGCCCGUGCCAGAAAAGGCAACUCGACAAUUCAAUUUCUGUCUUUUACCCAAACCAACAUCUUCCUCUGCCGAUCCUUUGAUAUGGACUGUCCCCGACGGCCCACUCAAGACACUUAACAUAUCCUCCGGUCCGCUUUCCGAAGCCGCAACCAAACGCGCACAAUCAGACGACAUACUUGGAGCAGUCAUCGACCUUCUCAUGUCUCGCAGUUCUAGUGAGGGAGACAAAGGGUUGACUCUCCCCAACGCUGACGAAUUCGCUUCUGCUACUCCCGAGUCACAUCGUAAGAGUGAUACAGCAUAUCACGUAAAAGCAUUUCGUGGAAGUAAAGAUGGGUUUCUAUGGUUCUUAGAAACCGGAAUCUUCUUCGGAUUCAAGAAGCCGCUCGCCUUGUUUGCCUUGGAGGAUAUUGAGAGUGUCAGCUACACUAGCGUUCUUCAACGCACGUUCAACCUGAACAUUGCCUUCCGGGAUCCAGCCAAGUCUGCUGAUGGUGGCGAUCCGGUGAUCGAGGAAGUUGAAUUAUCCAUGUUGGACCAGGGAGACUUCGCUGGCAUUGACGCAUACAUCAAACAUCAUGGCCUUCAGGACGCCAGUUUAGCUGAGUCGAGAAGAGCCAAAAAGCUCAACAUCAAUGGCACCAGCAGAGCUUCUGGUAUUAAAGUUGAAGGGGCCGAAGAUGACGAAGAUGCAGCUGACGAUAGAACGGAGCUUGAAAAGGCUCAACAACAGUUGGAAGAUGAAGAGGACGAAGAAGAGGAAGAUUAUGAUCCAGGCAGCGACGGCGAAAGUGAUGGAAGCGGAGCAGAUAGUGACGACGACAGUGACAAUGGAGGUGAUUACAAACGAGAAAUGGCAAAAUCUCGAAGCCGAGAUCUUGUGGCUGAUGAAUUGGGUAGCGAGGCUGAGGAUGUCAGUGUUACCGAUGAAGAAGAAGGGCAAGACAAUGGGGAGGAGGAAGGGGAGGAUGCAGAGAUGCAAGAUGGAUACGACGAAGAGGAUGAGGAGGAAGUUAAUGAUGAGCAUGACACCAAGAUCACCCCAGCCUUCCCUUCCACCAAUGGAUUUGCGACAAUAGCAGCACCUGUUCCUCAAGGGAGAUGGGGCCAUGCAUCUAAUUUACCCGAUCCUGACGACGAAGACCAGCUUUGAUUUAUGUUGUAUGUUGCCAGUAGGAUAAAAAGUUGCAGUAUUGGACCAAAAGUCGUCAG